UUUAUAAAUACUGGUAGCCUGGAUCCGUCUCAUAGUGUGCUGCACCAUCUGCACUGGACAGCACCUCAGGACAGACUGCAACAAGUUUACCAGAGCCAUGAAGACUCUCGUGUACCUGGCAGCGGUCCUUGCUGUCUGCGCUGCAGCUGUGCCUGGUCACAUCGAGAACUUCCAGCAGACAGGUAGUGGAGAUGGUGAAAUUGUACUGGAAUGGGACUUCGUGGAAGGGGACUACCCACUCCACAAGUACACCAUUGUCACUGACAGCGACUUCUCCAACGACGUCCGUUGUACGGCCAGUCACUGCUCUUACACCGUCACAUACCUCGAGGCAUGCAAGGCGCACAAGUUUGAUCUUAUUCCCAUGUUUGACAACCCGGCUGAUGGCACUAUAUUCCAGGGCGACGUGGCCACCACCACUGGUUAUACGGCUGAUACACCCCCAAGCGCUGCGACUAACGUAGUGGUCGUCUCCGAGGGCGACACAGGGACAACUAUACAAUGGGACGCUCCAGAAGUCAACUCAGCGUGCGUCGAAUCCUACAAGGUGUGCGCAAAGGAACUAGAAGAAACUCUGGAGACCAACUGCCAGACGGUGGACACCACGUCCGUGACGAUGGCGUUCAUGCAAGGCUGCGGCAACUACGAGGUGACAGUCACGCCCUUGACUCCCAGCGGCAACGAGGGCCCCGCCGCAACGGAGACUGUUACUACCAAGGAAGGAGUUCCCGGGCCGCCUCGGGACGUGGUCGUGGGCAUCACCACAGACAGUACUAUCGAGCUCAAGUGGAACGACCCUCUCAUCAACCCUCUGUGUGUUCAUGACUACACCAUCACAUACGGCGCCAUCACAGAUGAAGUCACCCGAAACUCCCGGGAAAUGUCUGAAGAUGAGUACGACCACCACGCCACCAUCGGCCCCUUGGACGCCUGUACCAACUACUCCAUCGAAAUCUCCUCCAUCAGCGAGUCUGGAAUCAAUAGUGCGCCUGUCCUAAAAUUUGCCAACACUAAUGAGACAGCUCCUCAGACGCCUUCCCUCGUCGUGCUGGACCCCAGUAACCCGGAGAGUAUCGACGUGUCGUGGGACAGCCCCAAGGACGCCUGCGCGGCCAGCUUCGUCAUCUGCUGGUACGACGGCAUACACCCAGUCGAAGAGUGCGAGGAGGUACCUUCUAACACCGACAACUUCACCAUCACCGGCCUGCUCCCCUGCAGCAACUACCAGGUCACCAUCACCUCUGUCACGCCAGGAGGCAUCGAGGGCGUCCCCACCGCCGACUCCACCACCACUCAGGAUGUUGAGCCGGGCCCCGUCAAGAACUUGAUGCUAACCGAGAUUCACGAGAACGCCGUGAGACUGUCCUUCGAGCCGCCAGAGACCAACCCGCAGUGCGUCAAGGAAUACGACAUUAGAGUCAUUGACCAGGACAUGUCCCGUGUGACGGUUCCCAAGCUGAAUGGUGAUCCUGUGGUAGACCUCAUCACCGGCCUGGAAGCCUGCACCAACUAUCUGUUUAAGGUCCGCGCCAUCACAAAGACGAACAAGGAAUCCCCCUGGAGCGAAGUAUACAACAGAACCUCGGAUGCUACGCCCUCAGAGCCGCAGCAAUUUGGACUGGAGAGUGCAACCACCACCUCCAUCACCUUGCAUUGGUUCCAGCCGGCGACCAACACCCGCUGCGUCACCGAGUACUUGCUCUCCUGGCAGGGCGCCAACAACGAAGUGGGCACAAUGACGGUCACCGACAUAACCAGCUUCAAGAACGAGGUGACCGUUGAUGGCCUCAACCCGUGCGAGAAGUACACCUUCAACCUCUCCGCCAUAUCCGCCAUUGGCGAGAGUCACGUCCUGACAUUCACUCAGUCGACAAUCUGUGAGCAAAAUCAGUAAGUGAAGACCUCCAGAGAGGUCUUCAUCCACAGCUGUGAUAACCGCCCUUACCACCCUCUUACUACUGUUGAAGUCUUGUGUACAUGCAAAAGACUGCAACAGCUUCAAGUAGUCACUUUUGUAAGUGAUGUUGCCUGCAGUCUGUAUAUAAACUUUUGUAGUGUCUCAUGAUUUCAUGGGAAUUAAAAUAUUAUUAAAUGGCAAUAAUUGGCAUUAGCAAAGAUUUAUUAAAAACUUUUGCCCAACCGUAAAAUAUAUAUAAACAACUCGGUUGCAAUUUCAGUGGCCAGUUAAAAAAAAGACUUAACUCCGAGGGGGACAUUCGCAGGGAUCUUGUGCAGCUGAUCUCAGUCCACACUUCUGUAGACAUUGUGACCGAUCAGCAUCAAUAAAGGCAAACGUGUACAUCUCAUCUAAACUGAUGACUCCCCCGGCCACUGCCCGGCCUUUUACUGCUAAACCAUUUACUUCAGCCAUCCUCCUUCUCCUGUUCUAAGGCUUCACUGUGAUAUAAAAGCUUCUUCAAGUGUAUAA